CGCAUGCCCAAGGUGGCUGUAUUCUUGCUGGAUAUUGAAAUUGCUGCCAUUGUUUAAUAUGGUCAUGCCCGGUAUGAAUAGCCGUGUGUUGUGGCCAGACGAAGUGGGAUGCGUCAAUCCAGACAUUUGUGAACGGAUUUGCGGGAACCGUGUUGGUUGCAGUAAUACUGCAUGCCCCAGACUCGUGAUGCGUCUAAUGCCGGCGGGACUGCGCGGGUUAAUGAUAGGUACGUUUCCGCUCAAAAGCCACUCCGAGGGAAAUGCUUAUUGUUUGGAAGAGUGUACUUCUCGCGGUUUCAAUCGCUUGUUGGUUUUACAACAACCGCAACCGGUUCAAAAUUCUGGACUUCCAGCUGUACUAUCACCAUUCCCAUACAGCCAGCAACUACCACACCCGUAUCUCUAAUUACGCUACGCCUGAAGGACUAUCGACACCUGAAAAGCUGCCAAUCAGAAGAUUGGCAUAGGAAAAUGUGAAGCAGUUAAAAAGCGGGUAUCGCACAACGAAAUUGAACGCAAAUAUCGGACAAGCAUACGAUGGAAUCGCUGAACUUGGUCAGCUGCUGUCUCGCCCUGAUGAAAUAAAGGAAGCAAUAUCCAGGCGCGAACCAGAUUCUGUGAUACAUCGCUUGUAUGUCAACAGCUGAGGAGCUCCUCUUAAAAUUCCCAAUCCGUGAAGAUAUGCCGCUCCCGUGAGCGACUUCAGCUUUAUUGCGCUUGCUGGUAAGUUCUUUGUCAAGGACUGACGCAUCCGUUCCACUUCCGGUGUAACGUUGUCUCCAAAGCACGCCAUCAAAAAAUCAGAAGAAAGUCCAAAUGCAACCUUUCCAGCGAUUUCCUUGUGCUCGUUGGCUCCUUUCAGGCCAAACUGGAUCAGUAGAAAGGAGGUUUCCACUUUCCAGCAGUCCAGCUUCAGUGAUAUCCUGACCGAACAAAUACUGCGUGGCGGCAGCAAACUUAGCGUACACGAGGAGCUCCUCUUCUGGCACAAUUCCGUGCAAGCAAGCCCUUCGAAACACAAGUGCAUAGGCUCUACCGGCAUUUGGGCAGGAGCUCCUAAAACUACUGCACGCGCACGCGCUCGCUCUUUCGUGAUCUGAGGAUCUCGAAGUUUUGGAUUCAAAAGAACUCUUUCCCCAGCAUCUUCACAGUGAACGCAUCCAAAGUCAGCCAUGAAGGAGCUCAUAUGCGCAAUCGGCCAUCGUUCCUGGCUGUCAGCGAUAUAAGUCGAGGAGCUCCUGCAUAACUGGAUGUAGAAGUGCCUGCUUCCAGUUCGCGGGUUGCUGCCAUUUUUGUUGAAACAAUUUUUCACUUUUGUUCCAUAGUCCUAGAAUGUGCGGUGUUGGCCGUUUGUUUUUCACUGGUAAGUGGUAGCUUAAAAUCCAUAUAUUUGAUUUUGACGAUUUCGCUGUUGCCGCUCCAUCGGAAAAUAGCGCUAUCGGUAGAAAUCGUCCAAGCUUUCGGGCAUAAUUUUUAUAAAUCUCACCAUCUGUAAAAGAAGUAAUGCAAUCUUCGCCUUGUGCUGGCACAUUGUAGGAGCUCCUAAAUUUGGCCGAUUGCGCUAACGCUGUUAUCCUUGGCUUUAAUGGGAAAUGCACGAAGGUAAACAGGCUGAGUGAACCUUUCGGAUACUGGCUUUCGCAUUUUGGGCAGUUGGUAGUUCCUUCGGUCCGCUGUUCUGCGCCAAUGUAACUGCCACACAAAGGGCAUGCAACAUGGAGGUCGUAUUUUGGGAACAUAUUUCUUUUUCGGAGUCCCGCUUCCAGUUGGUACACCGUUCUGGGGAAUUUGGAAUUUUCAGCAGAUGGGACAGGAACACGAUCCCAGUCGUCGAGGAGCUCCUCGUGGACUUCUUGUGGCUGUUGUUGAAAUUCUUCAUGAUCUAUAACAAUAGUAUUCUCGGCUGCUAGUGUGCUACGUAAUAGAUCUACUCGUACCAUUUUCGCCAGGUUCUGCCGCAACAGCUUCAAUCAACUCUUGCUGAUCGGUGGCAUCCACCCCGUUAAGAAUUUCUGUCCAGUCGUCGAGGAGCUCCUCACGAACUUGAUGGUUUCCUGCGUAGCACAUAGCGGUUCAAUCACACUUCCGUUCCAGAUAUAUCAAGUAUUAAAUUCUUGAUGAAUUUGAGAUUUAAUAUAUCCGGAACAGCAGUGUUACUUGCCGUCGCCGAUACCACCAUCAUCCCGAUAAUCAGCGAACAAAGCUGCUUCUGAAAUUGUGGUUUUCCGUCUGCGGUUCCGGUUGGCAUGCUGCCGCAUGCCAACUUUACGCCUGCGUUCCAUUUCACAAGGUGCUGUUAUUUCCCUGUUCCACGAUGGAAUUUAUCAUGUUUCGGGAGCUCCCUUUUCUGAUAUCAAGUAUUAUUACGCGGCAAAGAAUCAGUUUGAUGAGGACUUUGUUCCGGGCGAUAAGUACAAAUGCUAUUUCCCUGAAUCGAAGAAGGACCACGUAGCCGAAUUUGUUGGAUGGUUUCCCACGGAAGAGCGAGCCGAAAUGCGACUCACCGAGCUGCAGCAGCGGGACGGCAAAAAGUCUGGAGCUCCAGCAAAGCGCCGGGCGACAAAGACGACCGACACGGAAAUCCACAAGAAAGCGAAGCAGCCGGACGAUAAGCAAAGUGGCUGCCAAAAACCGCUAACGUUUCAGGAGCGAAUGCGACAGAAUGGCGUUGUAUUGGGGAAUUUAGCAGGCAACCGUAGCGGUGGCCAUCAACCGAGCACGUCCACAGGAAUCACCAGCCUGGCAUCAAAGGAGCUCCAGUUGCGAGUGCAGCUGUGUGGAAACACAUAGCUGCCACACGCUUUGCCGACAACUUCAACCAAUGAUCAUUCGAACCAGCCGCUGGAAGAGCCGUCUGCUUCAUAUACGGAAUUGAAACGUCGGAAAUUCGCGUGCAAAAAUAUUUUAAAUAAUAAAGCUGUUUUAAUUUUUCUAGGAAUGCAGCCAUUGCAGUGUCCAGCGGCAGAUGUAUCUUUUGAUCGUAAAGUUGGAAAGUCGACCGACUUUUACAACUUAUGGGACACAUUAAGCACUGAUGGUGCUUGGACAAGCCAGACGGAUUUAGUGGAAAAAAUUGCUUUCGAUGUUAAACAAGCGGAACUGGAUCGCGAUGCAUCAUUCGAAAUGUGGGAGAACGCUGCUGUCCAACAGCAAAGAGCGCAGGGGUUGUCGGAAGACGAUUUAUACGUGGCACCGGACACGGAGAUUUUUCGCGCCCUGGCCAUGGCGGAAGUUCCGGUGGUUGAAGAUGGGCCGACUCGCAACACCGCCAUCGUCACGUUUCCACAAGCCGUUUUAAUGGGAGCUCCCUCCGACGGGACUGCUAAUAGCUCAGAUGUGAAAGUGCCCACUGUACUCGUAAAGAACACAGCGGACAUGCUGAAAAAGGAGUUCCAUGUUGUCCAGCUGCCGCAAAUUUCAGACAAUGCCGAUUUGUUGGAGGAAGGGUUUCCAGUGAAAUUCAAAGAUCACCGUUGGAAAUGGCCAGAAGUAGGAGCUCCUGCUACGGCUGAUGACGAAUACUAUAAUCCUCUGCGCACCUCAGAGCGGGAAUUUCAUCUAAAGAAUCCCCCGAGGGUGAACCGUUCUGCAAUUACUCUGCGCGACCAGUUGUCUCCAUGGUUUUUCCAGUUGGGAGGACCCGGAAAGAAACACCUGGACGUCGCCUUUCCAGCCGUUUUUGUGGACGAUGAUUGCCAUUUUUUAGAGGCUCAGUUUCUUAAUCGGAAGAUCACCGCAGAGAAGUUUUCGUGGUACCUGAUGUCGCGAAUGAUGGGAGGAGCUCCUGGCCUCAUUCGUUUGGCGACGCUGUACGAAAUGCACAAACAAACUGCCACUAACAAGCGGCAGUAUAACUUCUACGAAAGAGUUUUGGGAAUUGACUUCUUCCGUUCUGUUGACAAAAAGACUCGGGAUUUAAUUCGCGCUAUGGUGCCCACUAAUUCGGGCGGCGCUGAAGCAGCUGCUCGCGCUGCAGUAAUUAAAGGCCUCCCGGAAAUCCCCAAAUCCAUGCAGUCCCACUUCGGCCACAAGUUUGCCAACUGGAUGGACAAGUUCAAGGAACAGCACGAAAGAAAAAGAGCUGUGGACCGCGCAUUUUUCUAACCAUCUGAAGGAGCUCCUAUUGUGGUGGUAUUUGUUGCUGUUGAAAUAAAAUUUUGUUCCGUUACUUCGAUGCCUGCGCAUUAUUGAUAUUUCUUCUGUUUACGUUUUUUCGUUACCGGGGUUACGAUUUUAUGCUGUUUAUAUGCUGAACGUUGGUCUUAUGAUUGGUCGGUUUGUGCGCGCACGGU